GAAAAAGGUAUACGAGAAUAAUGAACUAAAUAUGCGAAAAGCUUCUUAAUCCACAGUGAACUUGUGUGUUUCCAGUCCACCUUUGAAUGCACUACCAGUUCUCAUCGCAUAGCGGCAGCGUUGAUCUAAAUUCCUGUUCAGAGAUAAACAUUAUUCCUGAUAAAAAUUGUAAACAAGUUAAAGAUUAUCCAAAGAUUAAUAGAAAAUUAAUAUCAAACAAAAUAAUCGGAUAGCAUUACAACACGACAAUAACUUAUUUAAUAAGUUAAUAAGGAAUUACUGCUUUACAGUUAAUAAGGAAUUACAGCUUUGCCUUCAAGGGUCUAAAAGCCAACUUCACCUUUGGGACUCAGCAUCAUACGUGUGUAAUCCCUUAUGUCACGACUUUAUCUACUUGGUCGGAGUACAUUUGCUUCAAGCUUCAUGACUAGGCUUAAGAUUUAAUGUCUUUAAGCUAAACGUUUAUGUAAGAUCAUAGCUUUAGUCUAACCACCCGUUUGUGGUUGCAUACUAUGAAUUUUGUAUGUGUCGUAUGAGCCUCCGCCACUGAAAUCGUUUUCCAUUAGUGUCAUCCCUCCCUCUACCUCCCCUCUACUCACACAUCACCAACUCCUUCUCUCCUUUUUCCAUUUUCUCCCUGUUCACUCUACUAUCACCAUCGCGCUGUUGUCUGUUUGGAAAUGACGGGGCCAAAGAAAAAGGAGUCAGUAAGACUGAAAAUGCUAAACAAUUGCAUAGAGCUCUACAGGAGGGAAGAAAACCACUAUUUUAUAACACCACAUCACUAAAAAUGCUCCGUGAUAACACUCUCCGGGAGAUUUACUAAGAAGCGUCUGCGCGAAUAUUUACAAUCAGUCUACAUUUGUACGUAGAUGUAAUAUAGACUGUGUGUCUUAAGACAAUCCGAAACUAAUGCUGGUUUAACCCUAUGUCAUAGAGAUGUUUUAAGAAAGCUGAUGAAAAGAAGAAAAAUGAGUUCAUAUUUCGUUAAUUCGCUCUUUAGCAAAUUCAAAGGAAGCGACUCCCUGCGUCCAAACUACUACGAUUGUUCUGGGUACACACAGGAGCUUGCAGGCAGACCGUCUGUGUUGUACGGACACAGCACAGGAUCUACAUUUCAACACACAUCCCAGCUUCCGGAGUUUUAUCACCACGGAGCCUCCACGUUCCCCCACGCACCGUACCAGCACAGUCAGUACCACGGAGAGCAAGCCGCAAACCUUUUUGCGCAGGACGCCUUACAGAGACAGACUUUUUUCGGCUCACAAGACACGGAUUUAGCGCAGUUUGGAGACUAUACUGUGAAAGCAAGCUACAUCACUGAUGAUUUAGAGAGCACAGAAACGUGCCCAGCACAGCUUUUUCCCUGGAUGCGACCGCAAGCUACCGGCCGAAGGCGAGGAAGACAGACGUACAGCCGCUACCAGACGCUUGAACUGGAGAAGGAGUUCCUUUUUAAUCCGUACCUGAACCGCAAGCGGCGCGUGGAGGUUUCGCGAGCGCUUUGCCUGACCGAGCGCCAGGUGAAGAUCUGGUUUCAGAACAGGAGAAUGAAGUGGAAGAAAGAGAACAACAAGGACAAGUUCCCGAGCAGCAGGGAUGAGCAGGAGCAGAUCGAGAGGCAGCGACGCGAAUGCGCCGAUGAUUCAGGAAAACGUACGCCUGAAGAGGCAGACUCAGAGGACGCGUGAAUCCGUGAAUUACAGAUCAAGCUAAGACGUGUUCCGAUUAGCUUCAUAACAGUUCUGUAGUCCGUUGAAAACCUAUAACAACGUGAUGUAAACUCAUGGUCUCUUAUUAAGCCUUGUCUAAAAAAACACGAGGUGUUUCCUUCUUCAUUGGAGUGUAA